CCCAAGCCUGCACCUGGCCGUUUGAUUUACCUCCAUAGAGACAUAAUUGCUGAUUUAACCGGUCAAUGAGCUGUCAGCAGGGGACGCCUUAUUUAACGAUUUCUGUGGUUUGUUUGAUCUUAUUUGUUCGGUAAAAUGGCGAUGGUGGCCUGACACAUUGGCACAUGCGAAUGUUUAUUGUAAUAUUUUGGUGGCAUCUAGUCAAAUCCUCUGCAUCCUUUUGCCUGCCUGCUGCACAUCAGCUGCUAUACCUUGGCCAUCGAAAUGGGAGCCAGUCCCCGACCAGAGAAGGGCAGCCUACCUCGCCGUGUCUGUCUGAAGAGCAGGCGCUAUAGAGGACCAUACAACGUAUGCCCUCAGCGCCCCUCCCCUCCCUGUUCUCGCACCGUGCUCACUGAACAGCCCCUUACGCGUUCUGGUAAACUGGACUGCAAGCUCUCUGUUCCCCUCAGAAACCUCAGAGUUGUGUUUGCGAACGUCCAGUCCGCAGGAGGCAGCAAGUCGCUGCUGCCGGUGAUCCACACCCCCCCGCAGCCCCACCAGCGCAUGCGGCCCACACCGGAUCCCCGUGACUCCUCCCCCAUCCUGGAGACCAGUGGCCCAGUGGAGGGGAGGCAGGCCACUGCGAGCACUCCGUUCCCUGAAAAGAUGUCGGGGAGGUGGGCCCAUGGUGCUGCGAGGGAGGUGGACAGUCCUCCAGACCGCCAGUGCUGCUUCGACCUGGAUCCCGAUGACACCCUGUGUCUGACUCCCAUCGUCAGCGAUGACAGCGGCUGUGCUGCUGAUGUCACCGACCUCUGCUUCAGUCUGAGUGGCCCUGAAGCCGCCACCCCUUCCCAGCCCCCCAGCGCAGCACCUGGGGGUGAUGCCCUCCAGGAUGAGGGCUACAUGCACCAGGAGGCCCUUUCUGCGGGAGAGAGCGGCGUCAGCUGCAUCAUCCAGACGUCGGCAUCCCCGUCUCCAGGGGGACGAGCGGCUGACCAGCAUGGCGGGGCAUUGCGCUGCCCAGCCCAGCCCCAGGUGCGAACAGUGGGCGGUCUAGGCCAAUCUGAGCAGAGUCCGUCUGGAAGCACACACAGGGCUCUGGUGUUUAGCGAUCAGGACUGGCAGCAAGGGAGACGGCAGUAUGUGGACGCCGUUCUCAGCCACAGCCGCCCUUCUGCGGCAGCAGGUGCUGUCGAGGAACUUUAUAAUCUCAUUGGCACGGUUGGCCAGCAGGGGGCAGCCUUGAGCGCCUCUACCUGGCAGCAUCCCGCUGACCUCACAUGCAGGAACUACAGAAAAAGCCGGAACAAGCCUCGGAUCUCUUUGGACCGGUGGUACCAGCUGAACUCCCAGGUCCAGCGGCGCUUUGCCAGUGUACCGCUGCAGUUCCAGCGGAGCCCAGUCCUCUGAGGGGUCCAGCCGGCUCUGGGAGCCUUCAGGCUACUCUGAUGGCCUCUACUUCUACUCUUAACCUCGUCUCGCACUUAUAAAUAUUUCCUGUUUUGAUGUCAGCAGUAUGUGGAAGCCUGCAGCUGUGCUUGGCCAGUAUCAGUGCCUGUAGCUGUCUUACUGCUGGUUUUGCUGUGUGUGUGUGUGUGUGUGUGUGUGUGUGUGUGUGUGUGUGUGUGUGUGUGUGUUUUUAAUUCACUUUUGUACCUUUUGAGUGGUUUUUGGUAAAUAAAAGGAGGAAUGUAUAAUCUGUGUCACCAGGUAUCAGUGAGGAUUCGGUGGUACACCUUCUGCUUCCCGUAUAUCCUGCCCGCCUGCUCUGGCUCUCUCUCUUUGGGGGCGGCCAGGCUGAUAUCCGCUUCGGUAUAAUCGGUAUACGCUGUGAAGCGUGCUCGUCCCGCACCAGGGCUCCUGGCCUUUUCUGCUGUGUGCUUCACCUUACUGGGUGUAACUGGUC